AGUAUGCCCCUUUGGCUGAAGACGGAAAUAGUGUGUGGAUGAGAGAGCGGUAGACAGAGAGAAAACAUCACAAACGAAGAAGAAUCAAGAAAGAAACGCACUUUUCGAGGUGACACAGCGUGAUGCGAGCAGCUCCUUUUGAUUUCUUUUUUCAAUCGACUGCUCUUUCAACUUUUUUUAUUCUUUGCUCCCUGGCCACGAAUGAGAUCCCGACGAUCAGUGGUGCACCUGCAGGGAAGAUCGUUCAACCACCUAAGCCAAAUAUUUUGAAACAGGGUUGCCCAUCAGAUCUUCUGCAUUCACGUGCUCUUCGAUCAAUUCAACUGGCAUGCCGUACACAUCCUGCUACAGUAAUCUCGGCGUUCGAAGGAGUUCAGGAAGGACUUCAAAACUGUGCGAAUCGUUUGAGAUUUCAGCAAUGGGAUUGUUCGGAAGCUGGAAAUAUUAUGCAUGAUCCGCCGUUAUUGAGACAGGGUUUCCGAGAGUCUUCUCUGAUUUGGGCGUUGUCAUCUGCAUCUGCCGCCUGGGGAGUUGCGACGGCAUGCGCACAAGGAUGGAUUGACGAUUGUGCGUGUAACAACCAGAUGGGUCAAAAUGAAUACGAGUUCGGCGGAUGUACUCAUGGUGUUCAACACGGAAUAACGGCUAGUCGAAAGCUGCUCACAAAGGUCGGAGCGGUGAAUACUUUGUUAAGGAAGGUGGAGAAGCACAAUUUGAAGGCAGGGAGAUUGGCCAUCAAAAAGACCCUAAUCUCUUCCUGCAAAUGCCACGGAGUAUCCGGUUCUUGUCAACAGAAAACUUGCUGGAAACGAACUGCAACCCUUGAGCACAUUACCGAUUAUUUAGUGGAAAAGUAUGCACGAGCCAAGCUCUAUACGGAUGAUUCGGUGGUAAAGACGACGGAUUUGAUAUAUUUAGAAGCGUCUCCGGAUGUUUGCAAGGCAAAAUCAGUUGCCGGCAGAGUGUGUGCAUGGAGGAAUGAGACGCAUACCCAAGGUGAUUGUGAUCGGCUGUGUUGCGGGAAUGGAUUCAGCAUUCGUCACGAAGUGGUCCGUGUGAAGUGUGACUGUGAAUUCGUGUGGUGUUGCAAUCUGGUCUGUAAGGAUUGUAUCCAACAUCGCUGGAUAUCCACGUGUAAUGGGACACCGCCGAAAAGCCUAAUUUUUUAAUAUUUAAUUUCUUUUUUUUUGUUUGAUUUUUUUUCAUAAUUUCCAGUCGAAAUCAGUUCGUUUUUUUCCAUUUUUCCUCCUGCACGGGUCAACCGAAACUCUCUCGAUUUGUACAAUUCAUCUUGUUUUCUAAUUACUUUUUUUGCCGUCCUUGCAUCCCACACCGUUUUCAUUUCCUCGCCUUUCUUCAAUAAAUAUGCUAAUUUAUC